GUUCCGGAGUUCCUCCUAGGUGUGAAAGGAAUACAACUAUUGAGAACGGGAGUACUAAACCUGAUCACGGCAGUACUAGCAGAUACGAAUGAAAACCUCUAGACUAGAACCAUCCGAAAUCCGAAUAUCCCAUUAAUCGGAAUUGGAUUUCUAACCUCAUGUUUCCUGAGCCUCAUCAGCCUAGCUUAGCUGAAGGUAAAGGGCCACAGUUACUUAAAAAAAAUAUAAAAAACUUGUGUUGAAAGCCUGAGCCUCAAGGCAAAACUGAAAACUAAAAAUGUAGGUAUUAAUAAUUAUCGGAAAAUCCUAAAAAUAGCACCAACAGUAGUUCAUUCAAAAUAUGUUUGAAAAGUUACCAAAAAUACCGAAUCAAAUAUAAAAUGCAGGCUAUCUUAUUUGGUCCCAGUUGUGUGCUACGUUUUUGGCACAAUUUUUGGUGUUGUCAGUUUGUAUAAUUAUUCGACAUAAGUGCUUAAAUGUAACUUACCAUAUUUAUAAUUUUAUAAACAUUAACAUAAAAUGCCUGGAAAAGUGAAGGUGAAAAUUAUUUCUGGGAAAAAUCUUCCGGUAAUGGAUAGAUCCAGUGACACUACAGAUGCAUAUGUGGAAAUAAAAUUGGGCAACACUACUUAUAAAACUGAUGUCUGUCGUAGGACUUUACACCCGCAGUGGAAUACCGAUUGGUAUAAAUUUGAGGUAGAUGAUUCAGAACUACAAGAUGAACCUCUACAAAUAAGACUCAUGGAUCAUGACACCUAUUCAGCAAAUGAUGCCAUAGGAAAAGUGUAUUUGAACUUAAAUCCACUUCUGUUGCCCGUUGCUGGCCAGUUGGCCCUUGGUGACAAUAAUCCAAACCAUGAAAUAUCUGGAUGGAUUCCUGUCUUUGAUACCAUGCAUGGUAUACGUGGUGAAGUAAAUGUCACUGUCAAAGUAGAAUUGUUCUCAGAUUUCAAUAGAUUUCGUCAGUCGUCCUGUGGAGUCUAUUUUUUUUAUUCUCCAAUUAUUCCUCAAGGCUAUCAGGCAAAAGUAAUAAAUGGUUUUGUAGAAGAACUUAUCGUAGAUGAUGAUCCAGAAUAUCAGUGGAUAGAUAAAAUUAGAACUCCAAGAGCAUCAAAUGAGGCAAGACAAACCUUAUUUUUUAAACUAUCGGGAGAAUUACAAAGAAAAAUUGGUGUAAAAGCUUUGGGUUUGGGUGGAAAUGCCGUAAUAGGAUAUAAGCAAUGUUUCGAUCUUGAAGGAGAAUCAGGAAUAGUGGCUAGGGGAAUAGGGACAGCCGUUACUUUGGUAAAAGCCACCUUUAACGCUCAUCAUGCGCCUGUUGAAGCCAAGGAUGACAAAACUAAAUCUGCAUGCUUAACAUCUCACCAUUCCUCACCUGCUCAAGAAAGAGAAGACUUGAAUGACAGUGACAAGAAUGAGGAGCACAGUCCAGACCGUCUAGGCAGGUUGUCCCACUCACCAGUAAAAGUUAAUUAUAUGCUGCCAUUGCAUAGAAGAUCGUCAGAUUCUGAUCUAAGUAUUACUCCAAAAGGAAACAGCCUGACAGGAAGCGACAAAUCGGCAGCUAAGACUGCUGCCUAUUUUAUGAGAAAUAAUUACUCGAAGAGGGGACAAAUGAACCAAGAGCAUCUUGAUAUGUUAGAGUAUCCAUUUUUAACCAUGACCAAGUUUCCUCCAAGAUUUAUUAUACAAAUUGGAGGCUCAAUAAGCGCUAGAUCUGUUAAAUUAAUGGAACGAAUCCUAAAUGUUGAGGAACCAGAAUCAAGGGAUACCUGGUGGUCCGAAAUACGAAUGGAAAUUCGAUCACAUGCGAGGAGUCUUAAUUGUAAUGCUGUGCUGGGGUAUACGGAAUUAACCAGUAUAUGCGAUGAUGUUUGUGUCUUGAGCGCAUGUGGCACAGCAGCUGUAAUAGAUUUCAAUAGUUCUGCUGGAGACGAGGAUAAUGUUUUUAACGUUCAACUAAUCCAUAAAGUUGCGAAUGGGCAUCAAAGAACCACACACGACAGCCCUGAGCAUAGAAAUCCUCUAGUAUAUACGUGUUGUAUUACACACUUGCCAUAUGAUGAAAAAACUGUUCCUGUAAAAGCAAAAGUCUCUAAAUGCCCAAUAUGUCUUAAAGGAAAGGUUCCUGAAGUUCUUAUAGCGACAAUAGAACCACCAGAAUCAAUACCCAGCAUUGGCAAAGGAUGCUUUAUAGAAUCACACGUAUCAAGACCUCUAAAAGAUCUUCGUGGGGAAAUGAUAGCCAAAGAAAUAUCUGAUGGUCUGCCUUUCUUAGAAUACGAACUUCACAGGUUGCUUGUUAACAAAUUAAAAAUUAAAGGAAUGAACGCAAUUUUUAGCCUAAAAGUUCGUAUAGGUGUUGGUGAAAAAAUGCUAGUGGGCGUGGCUACAGGUACAGCUAUUUAUUUGUCAUGCUUGCCUGCACCAGAUCUGCCUAUGUUGGUAACUGAUAAGGUACAAGAUGGAAAAUUUGUAUCUGACUUACAGGAAAUGCUUCAUCUAACUGUCAAGAAAAAUAGGGAACUAUAUCAAAUUAAAGAUGAAAAUCUUGACCAAAGAGCUUUUUCUGAUGAAGAUUCUGAUGAAGAACAAACCUCUUUAGACAUGUCUUGUGGUAACAAAGACUGCUGCAUUUUGGAGAUGGAUGAUCCUGAAGAUGCAGAAGUCCUAAAGCUCUUGAUGCAAGAAAAAGUUCCUGACGGCUUUCACGUAGUCAGCACAGAGUCGGUACCAGGUCUCGAAGAUUUAGAAAUAGUUAAAAACUUACAAAUGUUCAUUCAAAUCUACAGGGCAAAGUUGGUACCUCCCUAUAAUCUACAAAAACACUUUGUGAGGCUUUUGCAGAGCGUUUAUUUCAAAUUGAGAAGGAUGGUACCUUGUGCACUUUGCGAUUUGCAGUUCCGAAUUGAUAUACCUGAAGCUGAUGAAUUACAAUUGUGUGUUAUAGGAAUGGCUUUAGGCUUGAGAAAAAAAUUGGAAAAAAGAAAGUCUGCAACAACCUCCAAAAAUGAUGACGAUUUGAUUUUCAAACUUGACGAUGAUCAUCCUCAAGACCAAUUAAACAAGUCAAAUACAUCCAGUCUCAAAAUUCGAAGCCAGCGGUCACCUUCGAAACAUAGGCCUCAAUCUGUCAAACAGAGACAUUUACCAAAUAAUGAACAGCACGGGGUAGAUAUAACUCCAUUAAGCUAUGUGCCUGGAGGAAACAUAGAGCAAUAUUUGGGAAAUUUAAAUUUUUUCUUCAUAAGAGAAACUACUUCUAUUAGAGAGGAAGGAGGUUUAAGUGGCUUUAUACAUAGUUUUAUAACGGAAGUAUUAGCCAUAGUGAGAUCUCACGUUAUUGCUUUAGGAGGAAACGCAUUAGUGGCCUUUUUCAUGACAGAAUGUGUACUUAAUCACAACCUGCAUAAAAAUCAGGUAUAUUGGCCAAAAAAAAAAGAUGUACGAGUUUAAAUGAGGCUUCUACAGGCACUUGAAUAGUAGCAAAAUUUAUAAGCCCUAAAACGCGUCAUUCUAUGACGUAUAAAUGAUAUGAGCAUCUUCUACCAAUCAAAUUUAAGAAGAUUUCAUUGACAAAGGAUGCACAGCUAUUCCCGUUGACGCCGCCGGCUUGAAGCCUUGAUUGCGCUGUUACCAGUUAUGACUAAAUGUAGCGCGUCGUGAGAAAAAAAAAUUAAAACUGAUUACAAAAAAUAAAUUUAAAUUGUGUAUGAUAAUAUUUCAAAAAAAAUGUUAUGAACUCUUGAAUCCCUAAGUAAAUGAUUUAACUAUUUUUCUUUGUAUUUUGCCAUCAUUCCAGAAAUAAAUAUAUUAAAAAUUUC